ACGUGCUGUCUGCUGUAGCUGCUGUACCAUUUUCUGCUGUCUGCAUACUGAUCCUCGCUGAUCCGUGUUGCUGUUUUGUUUCAUUAGUUUUGUCUCAGUUUCUGUUUGGAUUAAUUUUGAUUUAAAUUAGUUUCUUGCUUUGUCUUAUUUGUUUUGAUUCGUUUUGCUUUGAUUUAGUUUUUGCUUUUUCAUUAGUUUUUGUUUUGAUUUAUUUUGGCUAAUUCAGUUUGUGCUUUCUUAUUGAUUUAUGUUGGCUUUUCAUUUUUUUGUGUUAUUUAGUUUUUUUUUUUCUUAGUUUCUUAAUUUUGCCUUUUUUUUGUCUAAUUUUGUAUUUUGUUUUCCAUAUUUUUGAUUAACCUAAUUUAUCUAUCUUCUGUGUGUCUAACCUUUUGUGUUGGAGUUUGAGUUAAUUUGGGUAUUCCUUUCUUUGGAGCUCUUUUCUUUAAUUGCGUUUCUAUUUUGCUUUGUAUAUUUCUUUUUGUUGUAACUUGACUUUUGAGUGUGGGUUUAUUUUGUGGGGUUAUUCUCUUUUGAGGAUUAUUUUGGUCAGUUGGAAGCCUUCCCUUGAUUUUCUUUAUAUUUUGUGUUUGGUUUGCUAGUAAUUUGGUUUAAUUCCUAUUUUUCUCUGCCUAGUUUCUUUUUUUUUCCCCGUAAUUGUGGGUGUUUGUGUAGGUGAUGUUUUUUCCCCUGCUGUCCUUCUGUCCUGACAGAAUGGCUUAUGGAGCAGUUGCGGCUGCAGCGGCUGUAGUGGGAGGAUCCCUCUUAAACACCACCAUUGAGGAAAUAUCCAAGCAACUACGCAUCGACAGGAACAUCUCAAUUCAGCUCAGCAAUUGCAGCCAUAAAUACAUCCUAACAAACCCGAGGGUUUUCACCAGAAGUGGAUAUUCACACAACCCCCCUCAGCCUACGAUACAGAAGAGGACGAUCGAGGCGUGUUCCUUCACCAAAACCGCAGGAACAGCAUGCGGAGCCGUCGGGGUCCUGACCUACGAGAUCUGCAGACACGAAGACAAACACUGGGUUGGAGAACUGAUGAUAAUGUUCUCCGUGCCGUACGACUACAACCUGUACGAAAACUGGUUUGCUCUGGGCGUCUCUAAAGAUCGCAUUUCCUGCAACAAGCAGCUGUUCCACCAGAUGUAUUACGAUAACGGCUCCUUCACCAGAGCCAAAAGCACAGGCAGCGAAAUCAAGUUCUUGGGGAAACACGCUUACGUGAAGGGAACGAUGUCUCCUGGAGGCAGCUCCAUUAUGAAGGUGGAGUUCUGGGACUUGGAGACACACCAAAACUAUCCGUACGAUCCAAAUUACAUAAUGAUAAAGUAGACACUUGGUGGCAGAAACUGGUCCCAUGGUAUGUUUUUUAUGUGUAAUGGUUAUAAUGUAAAUGUGUUUUAACCAAUCAUUUUAAAGUGCUUUAUUACGGUUGCGUGUUGCAUUGUGGUUGCAUAUUGUUGUCUAAUUCUUAGAAUUCUCCUUUAUCUGCGCAUUUGUUUGCCAUAUAACUUAUUCUUUAAGUUAACAAUAGCGUUUCAACUCCAGAUUUUUCAGUCCGAUUGCAUGAUACAUGCUGGUGUACAAAUUUUUGGUAAGCAUGCCCAUCUACAGUACCUUUGUAUGACCAAUUCUCUUCAUUUUGGAUAGGGCAGGCCCACCGAACACAUUUUCACUGUUGUUUUAAACGACACUCGUUUAUUUGCCACUUUUUAUCCCUUGUUCCUCCCAUUCACUCCUAUUAAUUUUCAUAUCCAUUCAAGCAAUAUAUUUCUUUGUCCUGACAGCCAACAAAAUGUAUUAUAUACUUUCUCAGGGCAGUCAACUGAACUCUACUCCUGAGAAA